ACACUGGUCGGUGUUACUAAAAUACAGAAACACAUUUUUAUUUGAGAUCGUCUAAAGCUGCAUUUUUAUUUGGAAUAUAUAGAUGCCCCGACGCCAUGUCUGCUACGUCACGCCAGAAGCAGUUCGACAUGAAUCGUACCCGGGCCAAUAACUUGGCCAGCAGCAGCAACGGGCCUGGCAAAAAGAACAACACCACGAGCAGCACGAAAAAUGUAGUUUCCCCGCAACGCAAUCAAUGCAAGCUGCAAACCUCCAUGGAGCGCCUACAGGUGCAACAGGCAAACACAAGUCGCAGGGCAGCCGGUUCCAACUGGAUGGCCGCUGCUGGCGGUGGAGCAGCAGCAGCACCUGGAAGUGAAAACCAGGAUGCCAAGACGGCGGAGUCAGCACCACUGACCAAAUCGGCACGCAUGCGCAUGAAAAAGAAGGCACACUCCAAUCGCUAUUUGGCCAUGGACUGCGAGAUGGUGGGUGUGGGACACAACGGACAGGACGACAUGCUGGCACGCGUGUCCAUCGUGAAUCGCGUGGGACAGGUGCUGCUGGACAAGUAUGUGAAGCCGCGAAUGGAGGUCAUCGACUACCGCACCAGCGUGUCCGGUAUUCGGCCGCAGGACAUCGCUAACGGUGAGGACUUUGCCACCGUGCAAAACGAAGUAGUGAAGCUGCUACAUGGCCGCAUUCUGGUGGGACACGCCCUGGGCAACGAUCUUGCCGUACUGAGCAUCCGCCAUCCGUUCCAUGACAUUCGUGAUACGUCGCGCUAUAAGCCGCUGUGCAAACUCAUCUCUAAUAGCCAUACGCCCAGCUUAAAACGCCUGACCAUGGCCGUUCUGGGUCAGGAGAUCCAAACGGGCGAACACAAUUCCGUGGAGGAUGCACGCGCCGCCAUGGGUAUCUACAAUCGCGUUGCUGCCGACUGGGAGAAGUACCUGGCGAAGAAGCGGCAUCAACAGCAGCACUUUUAGCAGCUAACUCGGGGAGCCCCAUUGCACUGAGGGGAUGAAAUACGGUAGUCUUAAGUUUUUAAGUGUACACACGGGUUUCAUUCACGUGGAACUGUUGUUUAAAUGUAUAAAAUGUUACAACCUUA